UCUAUAUAUAACACUGGACAGGCUGUUCCGUACGUUUGACAGCAAUUUUUUUGUGCCCAUUUGAAGCGCCAAUAUCGUCUAAGCGAGUGUCCACAGAACUAAUUUUGACGUAUAAUUUCAAAUGGCUGUGAGAGAAGUGUUUGUUUACUUAAAGUAAUUUUGCAUUUUUAAAUAAUUUGGUUGUAAUUUUAUGUUGUUAUUGUGAUAAGCAUUAUAAUCAAGAAUGAGGUCAUGUGUAUAUUGCAAGAGACGCUACAAAAAAGACAGUCACAUAUCAUUUCACAGACUUCCAAAAGGCUUGGAAGAAAAAAAAAUUUGGCUUCAAAACAUGAAAACCCACAACUGGAGUCCUAAAAAAUAUAAUUAUCUAUGUGCAUUACAUUUCAAUGACGAAUGUUUCGUCAAACAUUUUAAUAGAACAGCAUUGAAACCAGGUAGCAUUCCGACAAUAUUUGAAGGAACAUCUACCUUUGCAUCAUCGCCUCAUCCGUCAAUGUCUACAUCUUCGCCUCGUCCGUCAACGUCUACAUCUUCGCCUCGUCCGUCAACGUCUACAUCUUCGCCUCGUUCGACAGCGUCUACGUCAUUGCCUGGUCCGUUAACUACAAACCAUUUGCAUACAUCAAACUUUAUUCUGUGGACACUCGCUUGCACGAUAUUGGCGCUUCAAAUGGGCACAAAAAAUAGCUGUCAAACGUACGGAACAGCCAGUCCAGUGGUAAUUAUAGAGUCAAAGAGGGACCAAGAACAAGCUGUUCUUGAUCAUGAUUAUGAAGUCUCAUCAACUCCUAAAAAGGCAAGAAUCGAAGUUGGAUUGUUACAUGACCAUUGUUAUGAAAUUACACCAAGAUCAUUAAAAACAGUUGCCCAGCAAACAAGAAGAUCCUUAAAAUUUGCAAAAGCAAAAGCAAAAACUUUAAGCCAGCGUGUAAGGAGGUUGAAAUUAAAAAUAACCAGCCUCAAAAAUAUCGUCAAUGAUUUAAUAAAAAAAAAUAAAGUGUCGGAAGAAUGCGUCCACAUGUUACAACCAUCUGUUUAUGAUAAACUACAAGAGUUUUUACAUUUUGGUUGGGCUGUACCAAACAAUGUAAACGAAACAUCGAAGCAAUGUGUGGGGUACAUAGCAGGUUUUGUGAUUAGAGCAAUAAGGAACAAAAUUACAUGUAUUAAUUGUUUGAGCGCUUGUGAAUCAAUACCGUCCGAUGCUAUAUCUGAUCGACGAAACGGUAUUGCAUUAAUUAUUCAGAAAAAUAGGAGUGGACUAACUAUUCCAUCACAGAGUGUUGUUUACAUAUGCUUGUUAGUGGAAUCACUUUUUCGACAAGCCUGCAAAAAGACCAAUGGGAAGCCGCCGGUGGAAAAAAGUUUUCCGGCAGUUCUUACAGCAAAAGUUAUGAAAGAGUUGCUACCAAAAUCAAAUACUUUGUUUCCAGAACUACGCGUUCAUUUUUUGGAAACAAUGAUGUUUGAAACUUUAAAUAGCCAUUUUGAUGUAUUAAUUAAACAAAUUAUAAUUAAGUAUAUCGAUGUAAGAUUUUUUGCAGCUACGAAAAAUUACUCUUUGUCAAUUUCAGGUCAAAGUAUAAGAAAUUUCUUGACACGUCAAAUAAUUUGGGCACGUCAAUAAUUAAAAUCAU